UUUGCAUCGGGGCAGCUGAACUCCAAUCCCCAGCAUUUAUUUUGUCCGUGACGGCCACCACCCACACCACCUCGGUUGCGAUGGUGGAGGAUUUCUGAUUCCCGUUCGGCCGCGGUUCUCAAGCUGGGGCUCCAUUCGCCGGUCUCCAUCAGACCAAAGCGCGAGCUUCCUCGACGACGACAAUAAGGCCCACUGCGAUCCCCCGAAUCGUCAAUCUCCCAUUGCCCCCUCUCCCUUUGCGGAACUCGGAGGCAAAGGAUCGAAUCGACCGACGCCCGAGACCUGACCGCGGAUGGUGGCGACGAUGUCAUGAGGGCGGUGAAGGGAUGGCGAGGGGCGCGGUAGUGUGGGGGAGGGGCGGCGGCGGUGGCAAGUUCUGCUGCUCCUUCAAGCGGAUCACCGUCGUGGUUUGCUGCGUUAAUCUCGUCGCGGCCCUCCUCGUGCUCCGAACGUUCUACACCUCAUUCUCCCUUGUUUCCUCGAGCGAUCCGUUUUCGGUGGAUCAACUUGAGAGGAUACAAGAGUCGAUUAGGGUUCGAAGAGAUGCUGAGCCCGUGGAGCUGGUUAGAGCGGUGAGGAAACUGAGAAAGGAGCUCUUGAAAGACGAGAAGAGGGUUUUGAAGUUGCCGCAACCUGUGAAGCAGAAGCUGGCCAAUGAGAUUCUGCAGAAGCUGCAAAGCGUUAAAGAUAACAAUGUGACAGAACAACGAGAAGCAGUGUACCUAUGGCGUGUUGAAAAACUUAAAGAAGUUAAAAGGGUGACAAGUUCAAAAUCAAAUUUAAAUUCAAGCAUCCCUUUUCAGGAAGCAAAAAUGUUGAAAAGAGCCUUGGCGUCUAAUUGGCAAAUGUUAUUGGAAGCGAUUGGUCUAUGGUUGCCAGCUGAUGUUGUUCACACUGAACACAAUGAUAAACCUGAAAAUGAGCAGGACCUUGAGGAGAUUAUUCCUGGUCGACCCCUUCCUCCUGAAUGCCAUGCAAAGACUCAUACUGAUUAUGAUGGAGCUGCUGUGAGAUGGGGGCUUACCCACCAUCAAGAAAGUGCUGCUGAUUGUUGUCAGGCUUGCUUAGAUCAGGCCAAAAAUGCAAAACCAGGGGAAAUGAAGUGCAAUAUCUGGGUUUACUGCCCAUCAGAGUUUGGGUGCUACUCACCAGAUAUAUACAAACACAAACAUCAGGAGUGCUGGCUGAAGCAGGCUGAAAAACCACGGUUGAACUUCAAAGAUGAGUAUUCUGAGUCAUACAGGAACAAUCACCCCAAUGCACCCGUGGUCGUGCCAUGGAUCUCAGGCAUUGUGGGAGCAUAACCAAUGCCAUCUCCUUUCUCAAUGCCGCAGAUUUACUUGAAAAGAAGGAAAAAAAAGAAGAAAAAAGACGGCUCACAGCCAUGUUGCCAUCUCCUUUCUCAAUGCUGCAGAUCGGGUGCGGGCGUUCACCAUGACAUCUAAAUGAUCUGGCCGUUUGAUCCUGUGGCCACCAUUUUUCGUUUCAGUUUCAGUUUCACGGGGACACAAAGGUUUCAUCUACAUAUACUUGUAUUCUUUAUGCCUUGUAAAUUUGAGAGAGGCAUCGAAAUGCUUUGGGAGGAUUAAUCAGCUUAUAAUUCAUUGUAGGGUGUUUUUGAGUUGCAAAAAGCAUAUGGAUGUACAAUAACUAUGGCAGUCUCGAUGAGAAACCUCAAGGUGGGCCAUGUGAUGACGUUGAACUUUCAUUUACAAGUUUCUUGUAAUUGAAUUUUACCUUCAUCGAGA